AACGAAGAAUCAUGUUUUGAUCACAGGUGUUUGUAUUUAGCUGUAUAACUAGUUUCAUCGCUUACAUAAAACGUAUCAAAUAGCUCUGAUUUAUAAAUGAGGUAAUAAUACGAAGAAACAAGAAUUCUCAAUACAUCAUCAGCACCUAACCCUUUAUUCAUACAUUUGUAUAUGAAACGCGACAAUAUGGAAUAAUGAUGUCUGAAAUAUCGAGCUUUAUCGCUCACGUUUGAUUCGAUUGUUCAAGUUCACUUCAAAGUAUGGAACAAGUGAUGGUGCAGGUGUGGGAAGUCACAAGACAGGGUAUGUGGUCCAUUUCGUGAUUCCAUUUAAAGGAGGAUGGCAGACGGGAAGAAAGAGGAGAAGCGAUCAAUAAGAGAUUCUACCAAAUCUUUGAAAAAGUAUGGAAGUACGUGUAAUCACUUUAAACGCCAGGAUCACUUUGUUAAACACACCGUUGUUGAAGGCGAAACGUUACAAGGAAUUGCGUUGAAGUAUGGUGUUACCAUGGAGCAGAUACGCCGUGUGAACCGCCUCUGGGCAUCAGAUAGCCUGUUCCUGCGGGAGAGCCUCAUGAUUCCAGUGUCCAGACCGGAUGUUUCUGUAACCCUGUCAGAUGACCUGGUGUUUGAUGAUGCAGAGGAUAUGCAUUCACCAAGUAGCAUCAGUGACAGUGAAGAGAGAAGCAUCAGGGACUUCCUUGUCAAGAUUGACACGUCAAUUGCCAACACAAAAUCCCAAGUGAAGAAGUCUGUAGGAAACAGUGAGUUUUUGGAUGACUGUGAUGCCCCAUACACCUGCAGAAAGGUCCCGGUUUCCAGGCUUCGCCAACAGCAGUCAGCAUCCGAUCAGAAUGAUAUUCUGAUGGCGCCACACCCUAUAGUAAUGACUCAGAGUCGCAAAGUGCGUUCAUCUCUCCAAAGACUGGAGAAAGAGCAGGAUGAGAUGUUUGAAUUGUAGCAUUCGUUUGUGCAUUUGCACCAUUCACAGUUGUCACCAUGGUGCAAGAUGCCUUAUGAUAUAUUUGAGGAGUACAAGACUUGUACAUAAGACACUGUAAAUACACAUCAGGAUUUUGUGAUGUGCCCAUUGUAUUCUACAUAUCCACACCCGCUUUUGUGUCUGUGUGUAUGUGAACAUAAGUUCAACCUAUAGCUACUUAAAACCCAUGUUACCGGGGCAUUUCCAGAGGAAGAAAAGCCCACUGUAGCUACAGUUUCAGCAGCAUUGUGAUUUGUGGGGAUGAAGCCUCAAAUCUUUGCAAAAUGAACAAAACUUGUUUUUAGGCACAUAGUAGCUAAUCCAUGGUACUGGAAUUUCCUUAGUGAGAAAACUGACUUUGAUAUUACUGGAAGUAAACAUAUUUACAGAUUGGCUGAAACCUGGAGGAUUAACUGUGUUACAGUGUAACAUAAUAUAUCCAUAAAUAAGUCUUAUGAUAUGAUAUAGUGUCAUUCUGCUCCAGAAUAUAUGGGAACCAAUUGGACUGGAACUGGUAUACAGGAUCCAUCCUGUAUUGGAGUAUACCAUACUAACUCUUCGACUGGAAUUCAUGAUCACCUAUUUAUUUUUAAUGUCCUUCAAGAAGGCCUGGAUUUGCAUUGUUGAUAUAUGGGUGACUUUUUUUUUUUUAGUUCAUAACUUAUUUAGGAGCGAUUUUCUUUUUUCCUAUGACUGAUAAUAUGUAAGCCUUGUGCUCGAUAUUUUUGUGCUGACAGUGCAGCCACAUGUUCAGUCUUGCAAACUGUUCAACAUGCAAGCUAAAUUUCUGGCCAGGACUGAAGAGUUCCCCAUAACUCUCAGUUCUCUCUUGGAAUGUGGCCCUAGGUUCCAAAGCAGUUUGUAGCAAACUGUUCCUUUGAGUUUCACAACGCAUUCUCGGUAGAAUGUGGAGCUAGGUCUGUAAAUUAUAUGUGUAAAUUCUGGCUUCUUUACUUCUCAGUUUAUUAAAGAAAUGAGAUCUCGUUAAAUAACAAUUGAAAAUGUACAUCAGACUAAGGUUACAUAAAUUUACAAGUAAAAGAGUUUAUGUUAUAUACAAUGUUUGUUUCCUUUUAUAGUAAAAAAAGCUUUAAAGCAAAAGUCAUGUAAGUGCAACUGUAUAGAAGUUUUGGGUACAACAAAGAAUAUCCUUGUUACUGUAGAUUGGGUUUAGUUGUCAGCAGUAGAAAAUGGCUUUCAUUCAUGUUACUGUGGCUGUUGAAUGUUUGUUAUGAUGUGCCUUCACUCAUUCCCGCUGUUGCUUACAUUCCAGAGUGGAACUGUGUGACAGUUCGCUAGCUAUCGCAGGAGCCUGAAUCAUAUCAUACAAUGUAGUGUUACUUAAUGACCUAAUAGCAGCUUUAUCAUACCUUGUAUAAUGUUGGUGGUAAGUUGGCUACUCAUCUGGGUUAUGUUGCCAGGUGAUCCCUGAAUGCAAAAGAAAUGUCACACUUUUUUGCUUUUGCCUUUCUCACCUGAGCCAAAGAAAUGUAUCCCAGUAUCAGCAAUGUAUGAGACUCUUGGUACAUGUAUGGAGAUAAUGUUAUAUGAUUUGGGUAGACUAGGAGUCAGACCCACCAUCAGACUUGUAUGUCUGAGAGAUGAGAAUUGGUAGUGUUGCCAUCUCAGUAGCCAAGCGCUAAAGGGCGGCAUAGAAGCUGUGAGGCCAUCUGUCACAAUGAAAUAAAACUGGAACCAUUACUGUGUCACAAUAAAAUUAUUAAAAUUUA